CGGCCCGGCGCGGGUUUCCUGUUUAAGAUGGCGUCCCCGCUGGCGGCGCGGCUCGGCGGGCUCGUGCGGCCCCGGCUCCUGGCCGCGAGGCCCCAGGCAAUUCAAUCAGCGCCCAGAAGAUGGCUAAACUUGCAGGAAUACCAGAGCAAGAAACUGAUGUCUGACAAUGGAGUGACAGUGCAAAGGUUCUUUGUCGCAAAUACUGCCAAAGAGGCUCUGGAGGCUGCUAAGAGACUAAAUGCAAAAGAAAUCGUCUUAAAAGCACAGAUCUUAGCUGGAGGAAGAGGAAAAGGAGUUUUCAGCAGUGGUUUGAAAGGAGGCGUUCAUUUAACAAAAGACCCCAAAGUGGUCGAAGAACUGGCUAAACAGAUGAUUGGGUACAAUCUAGCUACCAAACAAACUCCAAAAGAAGGUGUGAAGGUCAACAAGGUGAUGGUUGCUGAGGCCUUGGAUAUUUCCAGAGAAACCUACCUGGCGAUUCUCAUGGACCGUUCCUGCAAUGGUCCUGUACUGGUGGGGAGCCCUCAGGGGGGUGUCGACAUUGAAGAAGUGGCCGCUUCAAAUCCAGAACUUAUUUUUAAGGAGCAAAUUGACAUUAUUGAAGGGAUAAAGGACAACCAAGCUCAACGUAUGGCAGAGAAUCUAGGCUUCCUUGGGCCUUUGAAAAGCCAGGCUGCAGAUCAAAUCAAGAAGUUGUACAAUCUCUUCCUGAAAAUUGAUGCUACUCAGGUGGAAGUGAAUCCCUUUGGUGAAACCCCAGAAGGACAAGUUGUCUGUUUUGAUGCCAAGAUAAACUUCGAUGACAAUGCAGAAUUCAGGCAAAAGGACAUAUUUGCUAUGGAUGACAAAUCAGAGAAUGAACCAAUUGAAAAUGAAGCUGCCAGAUAUGAUCUAAAAUACAUAGGACUGGAUGGAAACAUCGCUUGCUUUGUGAAUGGUGCAGGUCUUGCUAUGGCAACUUGUGACAUCAUUUUCCUGAAUGGUGGGAAGCCAGCCAACUUCUUAGAUCUUGGUGGUGGUGUGAAGGAGUCUCAAGUAUAUCAAGCAUUCAAAUUGCUCACCGCUGAUCCAAAGGUUGAAGCCAUCCUUGUCAAUAUUUUUGGUGGAAUUGUCAACUGUGCCAUCAUUGCCAAUGGGAUCACCAAAGCUUGCCGGGAGCUUGAACUGAAAGUGCCCCUAGUGGUCCGACUGGAAGGAACCAAUGUACAGGAGGCCCAAAACAUUCUCAAUAACAGUGGGCUCCCAAUUACUUCAGCCGUCGACCUAGAGGAUGCAGCAAAGAAGGCUGUGGCCUGCGUAGCUAAGAAGUGAUGAUUCCGUUGUCUUAAUCUCUCGGAAGAAGAAUCCCAUUUUUCCCUCUAAAUGAAUGAUUCUCUCAUUGUAAAGAAAGAAUCACUGUGUGAAAAAAAAUCUUAAAUGGAAUUUUCUUAAAUUAGAUAUUUAGACAGUUUAAUCUGAUUUCACUUAUAUUCUUUAUUUAUACCCUGUUCUGCCAGCAUUUAUAACAAUUUGGGGCCACAGUGGCCAUAUAGUGGCCAUAAGUGGCCAUAUAGUGUUCAAAUGUACAGAACUUUAGACCAGGCACUUUUUCCCAAUAAUUUUUGUGUACUUUUAGUACAGUAUGAUUGUUUUUUUAAUUACAGUCUAUAUAAACUCAGGCAAGUUUCCAUUGAAUGGAUUGAUUGUCACAAAGGUGCAUCUUAGGUAUUCAAGAAUUUAUCUCUAAUAAACUGCCACUGUUUUAUAAGUUUCUAUUCCAGGAUUUUGGGAGACCCAUGAAAAUUCUAAAAUAUAAGUAAAGUGGAAUGUUCAUAUUAAUAUCCCAUACACGCUUUCUACCCUUUGCCUUAAAAUGGUAAUUUGCUUUCUACUGUUUGCUUCACAUUGAAAAUAAACCAGAAGCCUUAUCUGUGAUUCUGGAAUACAGAUCUUUUUUGAGUUAUGAUUGUAUUAUGUCCCUUGCAACUAAGUACAGUACACUGUAGAGUUUUAUUUAUUUACUUUCAUUAUUAUAUGGCUCACUGGGAGCUCAGAUGCUGACUUCCUCUGCCCCACAUCACAAGAAUAUAAUACUGCCCCAGAAAAAAUAAAAAUUUUAAAGCUUGGUAUGAGGUUUCUACUGGAUAUCUGGGUAGCUCUUUCACAGCAUCAAAGACAAACGAAAAACAUAGUCAAACCAUUAUAAUUCAGUGAACUUGAUAAAAUGUUCUAUUUUGAUGUAAAAAUUAAAGACUGCUAACUCAUAGAAGUUUUUGAAAUUCAGUCAUUUCACCAUGAGGCAACUGUAAAGGUCAAAUUAUGCAGUGAAUGCCGGUAUCUUUAGUCUCCCACGCCAUUCAGAAUCUACAAGCAGGAAACAAUGGAAUGGAGCCAUAAACGUGACUCCUUUUCAAUAGGGCCCAUUUUUGUGGUGGAGAAGAAUGAGAAUUAAAAUGUUUAUAAAUGUUGGUGAAUUUUUAUUUCUAUA